AUGGUCUACUGCCUGCAGAAGGCACAGCAGCUGCAGCAGGGGAAUGGGGGGCUGGGGGCUGAGACCCAGCAGUGGAGCCAAAGGCAGCUCCCCGACGUGCGCUCCAAGGGCUGCCCACACUCUGAGAGCAUCGAAGAGCGGCCACAAAAGGGAAGACUUAACUGUAAGACCCGAAACUGCAAAAGCCGACCCAACCUCUGUCUGCCCCAAAGCUGCCACACCGCUUGCCCCUUGCCAGGAACCUGCCACAUUCCUGGCAACAUCGGAAUCUGUGGGGCCCACGGUGAAGGCGUCCUGAACGGGCACGAGAAGGAGACCAUGCAGUUCCUGAACGACCGCCUGGCCAACUACCUGCAGAAGGUGCGGCAGCUGGAGCAGGAGAACGCGGAGCUGGAGACCAAGAUCCGGGAGUGGAGCAAGUGCCACGAGACCACCGUGUGCCCCAACUACCAGUGCUACUUCCAGACCAUCGAGGAGCUCCAGCAGAAGAUCCUGUGCAGCAAGGCCGAGAACGCCAGGCUGGUGACCCAAAUUGACAACGCCAAGCUGGCCGCGGAUGACUUUAAAAUCAAGCACGAGAGCGAGCACUCCCUGCGCCUGCUGGUGGAGGCGGACAUGUGCGGGAUGCACAAGCUCCUGGAUGACCUGAGCCUGGCCAAGGCCGACCUGGAGGCCCAGCAGGAGUCCCUGAAGCAGGAGCAGCUCUGCCUCAGGAGCAGCCAUGAGCAGGAAGUGAACACUCUGAAGUGCCAGCUGGGAGACAAGCUCCGCAUUGAGCUGGACACCGAGCCCUCCGUGGAUCUGAGCAGGGUGCUGGAGGAGAUGCGGUGCCGGUACGAGGCCAUGGUGGAGACCAACCGCCAGGAUGUGGAGCAGUGGUUCCAAGCCCAGUCGGAGGGCAUCAGCCUGCAGGCCAUGUCCUGCUCUGAGGAGCUACAGUGCUGCCAGUCGGAGAUCCUGGAUCUGAGAUGCACGGUGAAUGCCCUGCAGGUGGAGCGCCAGGCCCAGCACAACCUGAAGGACUGUCUGCAGAACUCCCUGUGUGAGGCCGAGGGCCGCUACGGCACUGAGCUGGCCCAGAUGCAGAGCCUGAUCAGCACCGUGGAGGAGCAGCUGGCCGAGAUCCGGGCUGACCUGGAGCGGCAGAACCAGGAGUACCAGGUGCUGCUGGACACGAAGGCGCAGCUGGAGUGCGAGAUUGCCACGUACCGAGGCCUGCUGGAGAGCGAGGACUGCAAACUCCCCUGCAAUCCCUGCUCUACACCGGCCUCCUGCACCCUUCGUCCCAGCUGUCCCCCGCCAGCCUGUGGGCCUCCCUCAGCCUGCAGAGCCUGCACUGGGAGCUGA